UUGAAGCUACCCUCAUUCAAUUGAGACAACAAGCACGCGACAAUGGCAGCUAUUCAAGACCUCGCCGAGCGAGCAAGAAUGGAUACAAUCUACAUCGAUACCGACACUGGCGCAGACGACGAGACGGCCACCGGCACCGAAACCCAGCCUUACAAGUCAUUGGCGUACGCUUUUAUUCAACACGGUGGCAGCGAGGGGAAGAAAUAUCAAUCGCGCGCCUCCACGACUGGACCAGUCAGCGCAGAUGGAGACCCUGCGGAGCGACUUAUUUGGAAAGAGCCUGCCAAGAGCGCUGUCAAGAAAGCUCAAGGUGCCCUCGACGCUCUCAAGAAGAAGCUCUUGAAGCAACAACAAGUUGCCGCACAAGAAGAAGAAAAGGAGAAGGCGCGUCUGAAGACACUCGAGGAAGCCAAAAAGAUUAUCUUGAAGGAAGACGAGUCUCUGCCAAAAGCCGUCAAGAUCACAAUUGGGGAGAAGAAUGUCGAAUUGGGCGAGGGCGAUGUCAAGGGAACUCGAGUCAAGGUCUCCGGACGCAUUCACAGACUUCGACAACAGAAGCAAGCAACCUUCCUCACAUUGGUCGAUGGAUACGGACACCUACAAUGCGUUCUCUCGGGCGACCUCACGAAAACCUACGAAGCUCACCUCUUCGCUCAAGGUACCUCUUUGACUCUCUUUGGUGAGAUGCGAAAGGUCCUCGCUGGGCAAUCUGCACCCGACAACCGCGAACUUCACGUCGAUUACUACAAGGUUAUUGGCAGAAGUCCUUCCGAUGUCGAUGCCAUAACCAACAGAGUUUCUGCGCAGCAAGAUCAAUGGGACUCGCAGAUGCUUGACAACCGUCAUCUUGUCCUUCGAGGAGACACCGCGUCCUCCGUCAUGAAGGUGCGAUCUGCUGUUGAAUGGGCAUUCGCAAAGGCAUAUAAGGAGUUACGCUUUACAAAGAUCAGCCCUCCCGCAUUUGUCCAAACACAAGUUGAGGGUGGUUCUACACUUUUCGAGCUGGAUUAUUACGGAGAGAAGACAUAUCUGACUCAGUCGUCCCAAUUGUACCUCGAAACCGGUAUUCCCAGUCUGGGCAAUGUCUAUUGUAUCGAGAAGUCGUUCCGUGCUGAGAAGUCUUUGACACGUCGUCAUUUGUCGGAGUAUACCCAUGUUGAAGCUGAAUUGGAUUUCAUUGACUUUGAGGACCUGUUGGACCAUUUGGAGGAGAUGAUCAGCCGAGUCAUCACGACGAUUUUGGACGAUAAGGAGAUUGCUGGCUACAUCAAGGAGCUCAACCCCGAGUUCAAGCCCCCUACUCGACCAUUCAAGAGAAUGCGAUACUCUGAUGCUAUCGAUUGGUUGAACGCCCAAGAUCCUCCCAUCCUCAACGAAGAAGGCAACCCCCAUGUAUUUGGAGACGAUAUUGCUGAGGCCGCUGAGCGAAGAAUGACCGAUAUCAUCAACCUACCCAUCUUCCUCACUCACUUUCCCGUCGAAAUUAAAGCCUUCUACAUGAAGAAAGAUCCCGCGGAUCUUCGUGUCACAGAAAGUGUUGAUGUCCUCAUGCCAGGUGUUGGAGAGAUUGUCGGUGGAUCGAUGAGAAUGGAAGGUUACGAGGAGUUAAUGGAGGCGUACAAGCGUGAAGGUAUUUCUCCCAAGGAAUACUACUGGUACACCGAGCAACGAAAGUACGGUACCUCUCCCCACGGCGGAUACGGACUCGGCCUGGAGCGCUUUAUCGCAUGGAUCUGCAAGCAACACAGCGUCAGAACGUGCUGCCUGUAUCCCCGAUUCAUGGGACGCUGCAAGCCUUAAGUCGGUCAAGUCAAGCUUUUUCUGCGUCAUGCAUGGAUGCGGGAGGGAAGGCUGAUCAAUCUUGAUCUCUGGUUUGUUUUGCGUUGGUUUGGUUUCGUUGAGAUACACCUAGAUUUCCUUGGUAGCUAGCUAGCUGAAUGAUGAAUGAACGAAUGGAUGGAUGCGAGUAGAUAGAUAGCAUUAAUGAUUCUCACCCUCGAGACGGCGGAUCAUUCAAUUGAGCAAAACACAUGACCCAAUCACC